UCUGAAGCAUUUUUUCCUGUCCCCUUGAUGUAUAAAUUAAUACUCGGUGGUCUUUAUUGAGUCUCACUGAUCGGUCUGGUACGGGUGAAGAGAUGAGAACUGCACUGUUGUGUCUGUUUGCUGUGCUGCUCACAGCCACCGUCUGCCAAUCACUUAAUCCAUGUGUCUGCAUCAAGAUAUCAAGUAAAAUUGUUCCUGUUCAGAGAACAAAAAGUUACUAUCUGCAGAAAUCAGGCCUCUGUGACAUCACAGCUGCCGUGCUCACAACGGUGAAAGGACGUACGGUCUGUGCAGAUCCAAAUAAGCCUUGGGUUAUUAAAGCCAUGCAGUUUGUAGAUGACAAAAGGAGGACUGUUUCUACUACAGCAAGUGCCAUGUCUACUGCUUCUGAGCCCACAGUGAUUACAACAGCAAUGACUUGGAGCAGUGUUUGCUGCUUGAAAAACAAUCCUUCAAUUAAUGGACUACACGUGAAACAUGUUGUGGAUUGUAAAGUCCAGAAAGCAGGACAUUGCCCCUUUGAUGCAAUCAUUAUCAAGACGCAUAAAGGCCGGACGCUGUGCUAUGAUUCGACGGCAGAUUGGGUUACUAAACAUGUUGUUAUGAAGGGAACCGACUCUUGUGAAAUCCAAAAAAGGAAACCAAAGGACAAAAAGGCAGGGAGGGGAGGGAAAAGGGGAAAGAGGAAACAAAAACAGGGGAUAGGAAAUAUAAACUAGAUGUUGCUGACAAUCAUCUGAAUAGGUUGAUCUGUGGCCUUUUAAAAUAUUGGACUAUACUACUAAGUUUGACCUGCCAAAGCUUAUUUAGUUAAAUGUUAAUUUUAAAAAUUAAUAUCACUUUUUUAUUUUUUUACUCAUCUGUUUAUAUGUAGUCCUUUAUGUCUUAUGACAUUUUUUCUCUAUAUUCUCUAUAUAGAUCAUGUAGUUCAUGUAUGUAAUGUAAUGUUUUUUCUUUUUGGAUCUUUGACUAAUAUAUAAAUAUGUUAUUCCUAAUUGUAUAUUUAAAUAUAAAUCAUAUAUUUUAUGUUAGGUUGAAUGAAUUGUUAAAUUUUUAUGAUGACAUUUUUUUUAUAAUAUAAUUUUUUUGCUUUUAUCAAUUUGAUUAGGACAACAUAAUUGACACAAUAUGAAUUGUCUUGAUGCGGAAAAUGCAGAUUUCCUUUUUACCCUUUUAAUGGUGAUUAUUCACACUUAUAAGACUUGAAUUUUUUCCUCUUUCUUAUGUAAAAAAUGUUGUUUUUAUGUGCAGACAUAAAAUAUUAAAAUAACCCCA